CUUGUGUUUUCUUUUGGGGGCCAGUGCUUGUAAUCUUCGGCUUGUCGGCGUACCGUCAUUUGUCAUUUGGGUGUUAUUGUGAUCUGUGAUUUGCGAUUUAACGUUCUCUUUUUCUGUCCUGUCCUGUCUCUCCAUUCUUACUUCACUUUGCCAUGUAUGUAAGUACUACUGUUAUUCCGCAUGGUGAUCAUCAUGUGUUGGGGUUUGUAUAGGGGCAAGGGGCGAGGAGGGGAGGGGGAAGAUGAACGCUACUUGCUUUAUAUACUUUUCUAUUGGUUUUUUUUUUCCGCAAUUGUGGUUUUGUUGUUAUCUGGGAUUCUGGGAUUUGGUUCUCUGGGAUUGGGGGUGAACUCAGUGUCAGUGCUGCGAGUGACGAUUUCUGCAGUUGGGACAUGCUCCUGUUUGUUUAUCAUUGGGUGUUCUGCUGGAACUCGGUGGACAUAUGCUAUAUGCCAUAGUUACAUCCGAGAGGAGGGAGGAUGGGGAAGGAAUGAUGGGGGAAGGGAUGGGAGGGGGUCUGCUUUAGUUUUUGCCGUACAUACGAUGAUGGUUCUGCAAACCUAAAUACCCUUUUUGGCUGGAACAUAAGCCUGGAACAUGG